AUGCUCUUCAAGCAGUCCAUCAUCGCCGCUGUCAUGGCCUCAGCCUCGUUGGUUCUGGCACUGCCGGCGCCCAACGCGAUCAACCUCUCGGUCCGGGAUGAGGACUCCGACGCGGAUUAUUACAAGCGUUCAACAUUUGAGACGUUUGUUUGCAAGCGCAAUGACAACCAAUCUCUGAGCUGCCUCCGCAAGAAGAGUGACGGCGGGGACGAGUCCAAGUCUGCCAACGUUUAA